CUUAAUUUGGCUACUUUGUUGGAUUCGAUCUCUCUCACUCUCUCUCCCGUAGUUGAUUUUUUGUUAUUUGCAGGACUAGUAUAAAGUAGAGAGUAUAAAGAGCGCAGAAAUAUGGCGAUCUUCUUAGCCUUUCGUCGACUAUCCUCAGGUGGAUCAACAACGUCUUUAGUAGCAGAUUCAUUGCGUUUCGCUUCUUGUUGGAGAACAUUUUCGACGUCUUUCAGAGAGGAAAAAGAUACAUUCGGACCCAUUCUUGUUCCCUCCGACAAAUUAUGGGGGGCUCAAACUCAAAGAUCCUUGCAGAAUUUUGAUAUUGGAGGCGACCGGGAAAGAAUGCCUGAACCAAUCAUUCGGGCCUUUGGCGUCCUUAAAAAAUGUGUUGCCAAGGUGAACAUGGACUAUGGUCUUGAUCCAUCAAUUGGGAAAGCAGUAAUGCAUGCUGCCCAGGACGUGGCAGAGGGAAAGUUGAAUGAUCAUUUCCCACUGGUUGUAUGGCAGACUGGCAGCGGCACUCAAAGUAACAUGAAUGCCAAUGAGGUUAUUGCAAAUAGAGCAGCUGAAAUUCUUGGCCAUAAGCGAGGAGAAAAAUUUGUGCAUCCAAAUGACCAUGUGAACAGAUCACAAUCUUCUAAUGACACAUUCCCAACUGUAAUGCACAUUGCAGCUGCAAUGGAAGUAAAUGCAAGAUUAGUACCAAAUUUGAAACAAUUGCACACUUCAUUGCAUUCAAAGUCAGUUGAGUUCAAAGACAUUAUUAAAAUUGGGCGUACACACACUCAAGAUGCAACACCUUUGACACUUGGACAAGAAUUUAGUGGCUAUGCCACUCAAGUGAAGUAUGGAAUUGAUCGAGUCAUUUGCACCUUGCCUCGAAUGUAUCAGCUUGCACAGGGUGGCACUGCUGUAGGGACUGGAUUGAACACAAAGAAAGGGUUUGAUGUAAAGAUUGCUGCAGCCAUAGCUGAAGAAACCAAACUACCAUUUGUAACGGCUGAAAACAAGUUUGAAGCACUGGCUGCACAUGAUGCUUUCAUUGAAACCAGUGGGGCCCUGAACACAAUUGCUGUUUCUCUAAUGAAGAUUGCAAAUGAUAUACGCUUGUUAGGAAGUGGUCCGCGUUGCGGUCUUGGGGAACUCAUUCUUCCUGAAAACGAACCUGGGAGCAGUAUCAUGCCUGGGAAGGUGAAUCCUACUCAGUGUGAGGCUCUCACAAUGGUCUGUGCUCAGGUUAUGGGAAACCAUGUGGCUAUGACAGUGGGUGGAUCAAAUGGCCAUUUUGAGCUUAAUGUAUUCAAGCCUAUGAUUGCUAGUUGUCUCCUACAUUCACUGAGAUUGCUAGGGGAUGCGUCAGCUUCGCUUGAAAAGAACUGUGUGAGGGGAAUUCAAGCUAAUAGGGAAAGGAUAUCAAAACUCCUACACGAAUCGCUUAUGCUUGUCACAUCUUUGAACCCCAAAAUUGGUUACGACAAUGCUGCAGCAGUUGCUAAAAAAGCCCACAAGGAGGGAAGUACUCUAAAGGAUGCUGCUUUGAAUUUAGGAGUGCUGACUUCUGAAGAAUUUGAUAAACUCGUAAUGCCAGAGAAAAUGAUUGGUCCCUCCGACUGA